AAAUGGAGUUUGACAGUCUUAAGAACUUUGUGAAGUCUAUGUUCCCACAGUUGAGUCAUGAACAUGCCUUAGCUCCUUCUACAGCAUAUGAGGGUCCAUUCAGCCAUGAUGUGUAUAAAAUGGGAUUGGGGGAGCAGGGACAAAGUAGACGCAAUGUUCUAUGCAGAGAUGUACCAUCUAAUCCGAGCAAGAAGCACCGACGACACCGACUUUCUCAUGACAAUAUGAUGCUCUCAGUGAUGCUAACCUCCUCGGUGAUCCUUACUGCACUCUCAUGGUUGCUUGCGUUUCUCAACAAACUAUCGAACACACGCUUCGCAAGGUUAUGA